GUUUGUACAAGUACUGUAGGAUAGGGUUGCCUCUCACAAAUGGGAAUUUAAUCAAUAUAACUAACUGUAUAUUCUAUUCAAAAACAUUGAUCGGAAGGGUAGGAGUUUCUUCUCCAACAGACAUUUGAAUUCCAUAUCAGUAUUGAAUCACCUUGGUUGACCUAUUGGCUAUACCCUUGAAACACUAGCAGACUGCCUCUUUAACCAAACAUAUGCUUAUUCGUAGCGGCGACGAGCACAGCACAAGGAGCACAUUGCAGUAGCAGUACCGAGAUAUUUUAACCGAACCGGAGACGUAGGCUACGUAGCACUGAGCAGCUGACUUGGAAAAACAGGCGCUAUAAUUUUCCCAACGUGGCUGCGUCAAGAGAACUCGACCAAAAAGGGGAUUGCUCAAGGGGAUCGAUUUAAAGACCACCACGGUAUUUGGAGUCGACACAUUGUAGGUUAUCACACCACUCUCGACUUGUUUGAAGAUAACCCACUUAUUUUUCCUUCGCAACACUGAAGUUCUCGGCUUUCACAUGAUGUACACUAUUACCAGAGGUCCCAGUAAACUUGUUACACAGCGCAGGACAGGUCCCACGCAGCAAGUUGAGAAUAAAACCAACGACUUGAAGCUCAAACCGACCCCCUGGUUAUCCUCAAACUCUCCAGCUCCAAAGAUAGUGUUUAAUCGCCUGAACGGGAAGAGAUACCACACUGCAGCCACACAGAAGGAAGACACCACAUCUGAAGGCUUCACCCCGGCCCAUGAAGAGAAUGUCCGAUUUGUGUACGAAGCAUGGCAGGAAAUAGAGCAGCAGCUGGCAGGAGAUGGAGAAGGCAGUGUGGAGCCUGCUGCUGUAUGUGGCCAGGGGCCCGUGCAGUACGCAGAGAAGACCCCCAGUACCACAACGAAGAACUUUGUGCCUAUAGACCUGGAGGAGUGGUGGGCCCAGCGCUUCCUGGCCAACAUCGCUAACCUGUCGUGACAGGAAGAGAAGGAGAAGGGACAGGAGGUGCUAACUGGCGUGGAAGCCACAUGGGCCAAGCUGUGAUCAGAAGAAGAGGUGCAGGAGGGGUGGAGAGAGGACAUUCUGGUUCUGAAGCUACAGUUUAGUGGGCUUCCUGUAUUUUGUACCCAGUAUUUUGGGUUCAAAGGAAUACUGAUAUCUGCACCGUGCUAGGAGUGUGUGACACGCACACAUUGCUGUACCCCUGAAUGGUCCUGAAGCUACGAACUUUGACCUUUUAGACUGAACUCUCCACCUCCAAGGAAAAUGCCUGUUCCUGAUUGGCUAAUCAAUGAAGAGUAUCUGUGAUUUUUCUUCUGCUUGUGUUUUCUUUUUAACAAGUACCUCCCUGCCCCAACAUGAGUUGUGCUCAGAUUGAAUGAAGGCUGGUCUUUGGAGAAAAACAAAAACAGUAAAAUAUUUUUCACGAUU